AAAAAUCAGAUUGAUGAUCAAGUUAAAAUCACAAAUGAUGAAAGCAAGAUGGUGAAAAGAAAAAGUCAUGUUGAUUUAUGCGAAAGCAGCAGUGAACAAAGUUUUCUGCGCCGAUUGAAAUGUCGCAACAGUUUGAGUUGCUCUCAGGAGGUUUGAAGAAACACAAUGCUGCUUCUUUUCUUCACUUUUUGUGCUUCUGCUUUCUUGCAGCCGGCAUCUCGGCGACUGACUCAAAGUCUCAUGCGUGGGCGGAUCUUCUCAAAUUGCCGUCCAAGAAUUGCAUAUGCCGAUGGGGCAGGGGCGCAGUUAGGGGUGGAGGGAACAAUGGAAUAAUCCCCCUAACUUUCUGACUUUAUCUCCACUGUGACCCCUCCCGCACGCAAGCACACAAUUCUACUCCCAUUAAAACAAUCAAAUUCCUUUUUAAGCUGUCGUAACAUGUUUUCUCGACAACAGAAAAAAAAUGCAGAGCAUGCAACCUGAAAACAAGCUAGGUAACAUUAGCGUGCGAAUAAAAUCAACAGAUUGGAAGUGAAGCUUUGUCUGUGUCGCUUCAGGCCUCUUCACAAGCUGACCACUUUCCAUUUCGGCUUUAGAUGCCCUCACUCUCUCUUGGAGGAAGGAGAUAAAGGACAAGCUCGAGAUUGUGCUAAUUCUCUUUUUGCACGCAUCCCUAAUCCGCGCGUCACCUUAAAAGGUGGCCCGGCGCCUUGGGGGGCCGCAGAGCUUUGCUUCAUCGCCACAGAGCCAAUCUUGCUGGCUUGCCCCACAUUUCCGAGACAAACGAAUAUCGCGGACCCUCACCAUGAACGGCACAGAAGGACCCAACUUUUACGUGCCCAUGUCCAACAAGACAGGAGUGGUGCGCAGCCCCUUCGAGCACCCGCAGUACUACCUGGCCGAGCCUUGGAAGUACUCGCUGGUGGCGGCCUACAUGCUCUUCCUCAUCAUCACCACCUUCCCCAUCAACUUCCUCACGCUCUACGUCACGCUCAAGCACAAGAAGCUGAGGACGCCCCUCAACUAUGUCCUGCUCAACCUGGCCGUGGCCGAUCUCUUCAUGGUGCUGGGGGGCUUCACCGUCACGCUCUACACGUCCUUGCAUGGCUACUUCAGCCUGGGUGUGGCCGGCUGCAACAUCGAAGGAUUCUUCGCCACUUUAGGAGGCGAGGUGGCCCUGUGGUCGCUGGUGGUUUUGGCGAUCGAGCGCUACGUGGUGGUGUGCAAACCGAUGAGCAAUUUCCGCUUUGGGGAGAAGCACGCCAUCUGCGGGCUGGCCAUCACGUGGAUCAUGGCUUUGACCUGCGCCAUGCCCCCCCUGCUCGGAUGGUCGCGGUACAUCCCGGAGGGAAUGCAGUGUUCGUGCGGCAUCGACUACUACACGCCCAAACCGGAGCUCAACAACGCCUCAUUUGUCAUCUACAUGUUCGUCCUGCAUUUCGUCGUCCCUCUGGUCAUCAUCUUCUUCUGCUACGGCCGCCUGCUUUGCACCGUCAGAGCGGCGGCGCAACAGCAGCAGGAGUCAGAGAGCACGCAGCGGGCCGAGAAGGAGGUGACCCGCAUGGUGGUCGUCAUGGUGAUUGCUUUUCUGGUGUGCUGGGUACCGUACGCCAGCGUGGCCUGGUACAUCUUUGCCAACCAGGGCGUUCAAUUCGGGCCUGUCUUCAUGACGGCGCCCGCCUUCUUCGCCAAAAGCGCCGCCCUCUACAACCCCAUCAUCUACAUCCUGCUCAACAAGCAGUUCCGCAACUGCAUGAUCACCACCGUGUGCUGCGGCAAGAACCCGUUCGGCGACGAUGACGACGUAGCGAGCUCCACACUCUCCAAAACACAGACUUCGUCCAUUGCCCCCAGUCAGGUGGCCCCCGCUUGAGCUGCGCACCCUGACUCUCUCCUUGAUCCCCGUCUCCCCCACACAAACACACACACACAUACCAGUGUCUCAUUUGUCCUAUCUCGGAAGCCACCAUCACAGCUGGUAGCAGCAUAAAUAUCCCCCCCCCCCCCCUUCUCAUUUUUGGGAUGAACCUCCUGACCCGCAUCUCCUUUUGCUGUUGUGCCUGUUUGACACUCUGGAAGCGACGUGGGCGUUUUGGAGCCUUCUCAAGUGCUGCUGCGUGCCAUUCACUGGCCAGCAUGCAAAUGAUGGGUCUGUAGCUAGUAAGCAGCUAAUCACAUCCAAUUCCCCCCGCUAUGAAAGGACAAAUCUGACUUUGUAGCUAAUGCCACAAAGGGAAUAGCCAGCUUGUUUAUGCUUUGCAACAAUUCAAAAUGAAGGCCGGGAUUGCUCGCAAAAGGACGUCCUUGGUCUUCAAGCUAGCGGUUCUCAAACAGUCUGGCUCCAGAGAAAAAUAAAAAUAUUUGUUUUGAUUUUCAUUAAAAAAAUGUCACUCUUCAAUACAUUUUUAUUACAAUCAUAGUAAUAAAGAUAUUUUUAACCUGACAUAUUUAUACUGAAGUGGCACAACUAACAUGUACAUUAUAUAAUUUCAGUUAUCUGAUGUUGUAUGUUUUAUGAAUGUUGAAGUGAUUUUUCAGCAUUAGAGCAGCAAGGAGUGGCGCUGAAGUCUAAAUUUUUUGCUUGACUCUUGCUU